AUGAAUCUCUCCAUGUUUUGCAUUGUUCUUGCUCAACUGAAUUCUGUGAAAUUCCAAAGCCAGAAGACUCGGAAGAAGAUGAUCCUGCAUGACCUCAAAGGCACAAUAAGCUUGACAUUCUUACUUGGCCUCACCUGGGGGUUUGCCUUUUUUGCCUGGGGACCUGUGAGGAUCUUUUUCACAUAUCUUUUUGCAAUUUGUAAUACUUUGCAAGGAUUCCUCAUUUUUGUGUUUUACUGCGUGAUGAAGGAGAGUGUGCGGGAGCAGUGGCACAUACACCUCCAUUGCAGGUUGUGGCGUCUGGAUAAUUCUUCUGAUGGGAGCAUCAGGUGUAGGGUGCAUGUUGGGUCUGAACAGGAGAGACUGAAGAAAACAUUUCAGCACAAGUUGUUGACGCCAUCUUUCAAGUCGACGGCAACUAGUUUCACUUUCAAAUCUAUAGGCUCUGCACAAGAAACUCCUUCAGAAAUAAGCUUCUCAAAUGACGACUUUGAUGGAGAUCCCUACUGUUUCUCUCCCUUGAGCUGUGAAGUCAUGCCUAAUUGUUUAAGAAGAAUAUUACCUGCAGAAAUUAAAAUGAAUUCCAUUCACAAGCAAGGAUCUUUUUCAAUAAAUCUCAGCACAGAUGCUCAUCUCCCCUCAUCCCUAGAUUGGGGAAAAUGUUGA